AUGCAGCAUGACGAGGGACAUAGCAUGCAUCUACAUCCCCAGGAUAUGGGUGAUGCAGACAGUGCUAUUGAUAGGCUUUGGCAAAAGGAGAAAGUUCAAAAUCAUGCACUUUUUGAUUUUUAUGGUUUACUAAUUGAAACUAUAUUGUCUUGUGACCAUAAUGUGUUCUUAGUACUGUCAAGCGGACUUGGGCCAUCUGAAUGCUGCUUUGCUGGCCCAAAGCAGGCCGGUGAGGGCUGGGCCCAUCUUUCUAUAGGCUGGAUAACCCCUAAGUCCGUGGCCGGCCUGCCUUGGUCUACAGGCUUGGCCCAUUCUUGGACAGGUUUGGAAACUUCAGGACGUACUCAAUGUGUCCGAGCGUGCCCUACCGAUGUAUUAAAAAUGAUACCAUGGACGGGUGUAAAGCUAAACAAAUUGCUUCUGCUUCAAGGACUGAGGACUGGGAACCGUGCACGAUCCGAGACACCGAUAUGGGCCUUUAGUAUUUUUUGA